GAAUAAUAAAGCAUGGGGUGUAUCAAGCAAACUUACAGAUAAACAUCCAGAAAUAGAAAAGAAGACUCCUACCAUACAAUAAGAGAUUCUGAUUUAAGAUGAAGCUCCAAGUUAUAAUCUUUAUUUACUUAGGAGGAUCCAUGUUACACUUCGUGAAAUGUUACAGCAGUGGUAAUUUUGAUAGUAUUCCUGUUAUAUGUCAGACUAUGGCAGUUGAUCACGACAACGCUCAGCCUCAGGAAACUGAACCGCCUUUUAAAGUUGAUCCAGAUAAUAUCACUAUCGGUCCUGAAGAUGUGGAAAAACCCAUUGAUGUAACACUGAAAGCAGAUCAAGGUCAAUCAUUCAAAGGUUUUAUGUUGGAAGCACGAAAACCAGGGGACACAACUCCUCAGGGGAGUUUUGUUUUGACGAACCCAGAUCUCAGCAGACUUCAAAAAUGUAAUGGUGCAAACGGUAAAGCAGUAACACAAACAGAUAACCGAAGAAAGACCGAAAUAAAAGUUAUAUGGAGUGCUUCUGAAAGUGGAAUAUAUUUUUUCAGGGCUACAUUUGUUAAGGAGUUUAGUAUAUUCUGGCUCUUUAAAGAUGUCCCUUCCACAACCACCGCACCACCAACAACAACUACCACCAUAAUGAUCUCAACAUCAACCUCAGAUGUCUCUUUCACAACCCUGACACCAACAACAACAACUAACUCCAUAAUGAUCUCAACAACAACCUCAGACAGUAAACCUGCUCCAAAAGAAGGUUUGCCUGAAUUAUAUCUAUCUCAACAUUUGAUCAGUUAUCUUUCGCUUGCUGUGUGCAGUCCUUUCCUACUGAAAGCCAGUGUAUGUGUUUGGAUGAAGGUGACAUCAUUUCUGUCUUUGGUAUUUUCACUGUCUGCAUUCAUCCUCUCUGUGAUACACACCAAACAACUUGUCGGCAAAAUUCUGGCAGGAGCUGCAGUGAGUCUGAACUUGGGCCAAACCAUUCUAAUAUUCUUUCUCUGCAGACCAAGCCAUAAAUUAAGGACGAUUUUCCUUUGGGUGCUCAGAGUGGUUGCAUUCAUAAACCUAUGUUUUACAAUUGCUGCAAUAUAUUUUGGUCUUGUGGAGCUUUACUCCAAAAACUUCUGCAUCUUGCCCUCCAUAUUGAUGGGAGUUUAUUUAGCAUGCCACUUGUUGUCAUAUCCAUUUUUUAUAUAUGGGAAACUAAAACAAAAGAACCAACACCAAACUGCAUCAAGUAGGCAGAUUUAUAAGGUUUCUUGCUGGUGUAGCUGCUUGGUCAUUUUUAGUUGGAUGAAUAUAGCAUUUACUAUAGCACUCGAAUUAGCAUUAUUUUUGUGUGAUUAAUACCUGAACAGUCCAUGAUAUUUUAUUGUUACCCUUUUUUUACUGCUACCCUUUUAUUUUGUUUAUUUUUUAAAUUUCAGAUAUGUGUUCUGCUGAAAAUGCAAAGAUCUAUACUAAUAAUACUAACAGUACACUAUUAAUAGUUAUUAUUGCUUUUAUUGCUUAUUCUUUAUUAAAAAUGCUUUUGUUUAAUUUUGACCAUAGCAAUCCAGUAGGUUUGUUGCACAUACAAUCAGAUUUUGAUUGUAUGUCCAACAAACCUACAAUCUCAGAUGUUUAGCAAGAAUUAUACUAACUCUCUGUACUAACAAUGCCAAGUUAACUUUCUUAAAAAGUCAGUAAAAUAUCUCAAAUCACA